AUGCAAUAUCCUACCACUUCUUCCAUCAUGAACCUCCAACGCCAUUUAUACAGACAAAAACGUGAUGUUAAGCGAUGUGAUGUUUUCAUAAACCAUAGAGGCACCGAUACGAAACGAACCCUAGUAACCUUGCUUUAUGAUAAUCUUACUAGGUUAAACCUACGUCCAUUUUUGGACAACAAGACUAUGAAACCAGGAGACAAGUUGUUUGAUCACAUAAAUAGUGCAAUUAGAAGUUGUAAGCUUGGUGUUGCUGUGUUUUCACCAAAUUAUUGUGAAUCAUACUUUUGCCUCCAUGAAUUGGCACUUUUUAUGGAGUCUAAGAAGAAGGUGAUUCCAAUCUUUUGUGACAUCAAGCGGUCGGAGCUUCGGGUGGUUAACAAUGGAGUUUAUCCAGAGAAAGAUGUGUUAAGGUUUAAUCAAGCUCUUGAGGAGGCAAAGUACACAAAUGGACUUGUCUUUGACUCCUUGAAAGGGAAUUGGUCCGAGGUAGUGAAUAGUGCUUCAGAUAUGAUCAUCAGGAGCUUAAUUGAAAUAGAGAACCAAGCAAGGAUGGAUCAACUUAAUAUUCAAAUGCAUCAACUAAUGAAACACUACACUACAUCUACAUGA